AUGUUUUUCCUCAAAGAAGAGGCGAAGGUCAUCACCUUACAUCCGUCAUAUUUCGGACCCAAUAUGCGCGAGUAUCUUAUCACCAGACUGAAUGAGGAGGAAGAAGGCCGAUGCACGGGUGAUCAUUUCGUGAUCUGUGUGAUGGAUAUGGUGGAUAUUGGCGAAGGACGAGUCAUGCCGUCCAGUGGACAUGCAGAAUACACAAUAAAAUAUCGCGCGAUCAUUUGGAAGCCUUUCCGCGGUGAAACAGUUGACGCUAUUGUCACGUCCGUGAAGCCUACUGGUAUCUUUACCUUGGCAGGACCUCUGUCUGUCUUCAUUGCGCGAAAAAACAUCCCCUCUGAUAUCAAAUGGGAGCCCAACACAGUGCCCCCCCAAUAUACCGAUCACGCCGACCAAGUAAUUGAGAAGGGCACUAGUUUGCGACUCAAAAUUCUUGGUGUCAAGCCAGAUGUGGCGGCGAUCAACGCCAUUGGCACCAUCAAGGAGGAUUACCUUGGACCCCUGUAA